AUGUCCAUCACGACAAACGGCCUGAGGGUAAUCUUUGGCGGAGCUGCAUUCAACUCAGCUUACGGCUCCACGCCAGAAAGUGUUUCCGAGACCCUCCAGUUCUUAUUGCGGGAGGGGACCAGGAAUAUCGACUCAGGUCAAGCAUACGGAUAUAGUGAAAAUCUCCUUGGACAAGACAAGGUGUCGUAUACUGGUUUCGAAGUUGACACCAAGGUAGCUGGCGGACUGUGGCCCCAUGUUCGCCAUACCAAAGAGACUGUCAUUCAGGCCGGAGAACCUAGCAUCAAGGCUCUUGGAGCAGAUCAACUCGAUGUAUACUACAUUCACGCCCCUGAUCAAACGGUCACAUUGAAGGACUCACUCGAUGGUAUAAACGAAUUACAUAAGAUGGGCAAAUUCAAAAGAUUUGGCCUUUCCAACUUUCGCUUGGAUGAAGUUUUAGAGGUUAUUCGUAUCGCGAAGAGAAUGCCCUUAUCUUGCCUAGGCAAUUACAAUGCUAUCGGGCGUGUAGCCGAGAAAGAGCUUUUUCCUGUUCUAAGAGAGCAUAAUAUCUCUUUCUACGCAUAUUCACCCAUUGCAGGCGGAUUUCUCACCAAAACAAAAAAGGACAUUACCGACGGCAAAGGACGCUUCAAUAAGGACCUGCCUUUCUUUGGGGAGAUGUACAAUACUCUUUACAAUACGCCUGCGAAGCUCGAAUUCCUCAUGGAAUUCGGAAACAUUGCAAUCAGCGAGGGUAUUUCGCAGGCAGAACUUGCAUAUAGAUGGGUAACGUAUCAUUCAUGCUUGAAGGCACAAAAUGGUGAUGGAAUUAUCAUUGGCUCACGUUACGGGACUCAGUUGACCAAUACUUUGGCUUGGUUGAAAAAAGGACCACUCAGCGUGGAAACUGCCCUGAAGGUCAAUGAUUUGUCGAAGAUCAUAGAACGAGAAGGUAUACUGGAUAACUGGAAUGAUUUCAUUUCCAAGCAGCUGUGA